AUGGCGUCGCCAUACGUAAUCCGACGGGACAGCGCGGGGUUCGGCAACUCCCUCGUCCCCACCCUGCGGGACAGACUGGAUCGAGCGACCUCCGUGCGAGACGUCGCCGCGCUGUGCGACGAAAACUGGGACUCUCUGACCACUCCCGACAUUCUCUCGGCCGUAGACGCGGCCGCGCGGGUCCUCUCGGCCCUCACGCUGCGCGUCAACCAAGCCGCUAGAGAGGGCCUCCCAGAAACAGCCCGCGAGCGCCUCCAGGCCUACGGAAAGGGCCUCAUGCUGCAGGCCCCCGCGACGACCGAAGAGGAACACAAGUGGCUCCAGGACAUCAUGCUCGCGGCGGUCGCCGACGAGGCCGCGGUCGCGCCACGCGACUCCGCGAACCUCGCCAACGCGUACGCGGAGCUCCGCACCGCCGACGCCGGCCGCCACCCGCGUGCGCCGGAACUUGAACGGCGCAUCCUGGCCCUCCUCGAGCGCGACGUCGGCGUCAUGUCGGCCCGGGAGCUCGCCCGCGCCCUCGAGGGCCUGUCCUGGUGGCGCAUGGACCUCGCGGGCGACGCCCGGUCGACGUCCCGCUCCCAACACGCUGACGUCGGCGCGGGGCUUCGCCGCGUGGCGCAGAUGCGGUUCGCUCUGCUGCUGCAGCACCCGCGCGUGCCGAUGGGGCCCACGAUCACCUGCGCGGGGGCGCUGACGCGCCUCGGGUGGAUGGAGGUGCCGAUGUUCGCGCAGGCCGUUCAAGCAGUUGCGAUGGAGGGCACCCCGCUGUCGCUGUCGCAGCAGCGCGCGCUGAUCGAGUGCCACGACGUGAUGUGUAUUAGUCGCGGCGCGACGGACCUCGUCGACGAGCUCGGGGGCGAUGAGGGGCGGGCGCUGCUGCGGCUGUGUCUCGAUGCACAUGCCGGGAAGGGGAGUCGCGGGGGCCCGCGGUGCCGCGGUCCGCGAAGCCGCUGGGGCGGGACUUGUCGCUGGUGUCGCUGCCGGCGUACGCGGAGACGCAGGAUUCGGUGUGGUGGCGGUUGCGCGACCUGGCAGCGCAGAUUGAUGCUGCUGACGGCGAGCGGCGGUUGCGGCACCUCGUGUCGCGCGGCGCGUCGUACUCGCGCCCGGACGUCGUCGCGGAGUACGACCACCACGAAUCGGGCAUCGGGCUGCCGGUGUUCUACCUCGUCGCGGUGCUAG